AUGGAGGCAACCGCAGACCCCGACGAGGCAAGCGACGCCGCAUUGUUUAAUGCAGUUGAAGCGCUAAUUGGUGCUGCCGCAUCGAGCACCUCGAAACGGCGUAAGCACUACUCCUUUAAGCAGAAAAGGGAGAUACUCCGUGCUACCGAAGGAAUGAGUGAGCGGGAGGUGGCGCGAACGCAAGGCGUCCAGCGGUGGACACUGUGUGACUGGCGUAAGCAGAAAGAAGCCAUUUUUGCCUUCGAAGGCAGAGAAAAAACGCUCUCAAGAGCGCGGGGGCGACCGGAGAGCGUGCCUUUUGGCAUUGAGCUGAUAACGUACAUGAAGGACACUAGGCGGGACCGUUUCCCACUCACGGCACGCUCAAUGGCCGUCUUCGUGCGUGAGAGUUACCCCGAUUGGCUGGUGACCCAUGUUAAAGGCAACAAGGACGCGAGCACUGCAUACGAGUCACUGCUGCGACUACUUCGGCGAUUCGCGUACCGCCAAGGCUUCGUCCAGCGCACUCCUAGCGGUUUAAAGGAGAAAGUCGAAGAUCUUGAGAAGGUGCAAAUAGAGGUUGCCGAUAAGUUCAAACAGAACUUUGGCUCAUAUGCUGCUGGUACAAUCUACAAUACCGAUGAGACUGGGAUAUACUAUGAUACACCGCCGUCUAAAAUCCUGUCACCGAAAGGUAAACCUGCUAAACUACUGUAA